AUGUCUGAAAUGAAAAUAAGUUCUACAGGUUGGUUGGCUAUUUAUUUUCGUAGCGGGAAUGUUGGUAUGUUUGAUUUAAAUGAUGUAUCUGCAUGGCAAUAUCUUCAAGUUGAAUCGAUUGACGAACAAUCAAAAGAUGUUAAUGAUCUCAAUUAUCUUAAUCGUAAUUUGAUAAGAUUUAGUCCGAAUGGAGAAUUCUUAGUUGUAAAUGGACAAAAUAAGCAAUUGUAUAUAUAUACUCUAUCAAAUUUUGAAAAAACUGAACUUUGGUGGCAAUUACAAAGAACAAUUAGUGUUAAAAAUUUUAUUUUUGCUUUAGACUUAACUAAUGAAUUUCUACUUAUUGCUGAUAAAAAUGGUGAUAUAUAUAAAAUUGAUUUAUUAUUUAAUAAUGAUAGUAAUAAUAAUAAUAAAAAUCUCAUUAUGACAGCUGAAAGUCGCAUUAUGAAACAUUUAUCUAUGGUAUUUGAUAUUACUUUUAUUCGUAUAAAUGAUAAAAAAUCAUAUAUAUUAACAGCUGAUCAACAUGGAAAAAUUCAUUUAAUUCAUUAUCCACUGAUUUCCAAUAGUGAAAAAUAUUGUCUUGGUCAUACAGAAUUUAUAUCUCAUAUUAAAAUAAUUGAUAAUAAUCAUAUUCUUUCAGCAUCAGGCGAUGGUACACUUCGUCUAUGGUAUCUUCCAGAUUGUACACCACUUGUUUUAUUACAUUCAAAAGCUCUUACAUUAUCAUCAAAACAACUUUUUUAUACUCAAUUAUAUAAUCCAAAUGGUUCCAUAUCAUUAGAAGAUUAUCAAAAUGAUACAAUGCCACAAGAAUCAUCAUUAGAUUUAUCUUCAACAUUAGAUCAUUCAAUUUGGAAAAUGGAUGUUGCUUCUUGUAAUCCUAUGAAUUCAAAUGUUUAUAUUGCUUUCUCUAUUUAUGGUCAUCGAUUACAUUCAAUUUAUUUAACAAGUUUAUCAAAUAUAAAACAAUUAGCUAAUGAACAACGUCAAUUAAUAUUUGAUUCAAGUUAUGGUACAAUUAUUGAUUAUUGUUUUCCAUCAAAAGAAACUUUAUUUAAUGAUUAUACAAUAUAUUCCAAAUGUAAUCUAUAUGUUUUAUUUGAUAGUAAUGUAUUACUUAAUGUUAAUAUUAUUUCAAUACUUACAUCUAAUCAAACAAGUUUAUUUGCAAAAUCUAAUCAGCCAAUUCAAGAAAUUAAUGAUAUAUUAGCUAGUAAAGAAUUUCAUUCGAUGAAUUAUAAUAUAAAAACAGAUGAGAUCAUAUUUAAAAAAUUAUUUAAAAAUUCUAAUCAUAAAACUAAUAAACGUAAAUGUGAAAUGGUUGAAUCACCACAAGAAGAAAAAAAACAAUUGUUAUCAGCAAGUGGGGAUGAGUUUCAACUGACUUAA